GAUUUGUCAUAAGUGGCAAUGUGCGAGGAGGGUGACAUUUGGCGAAGCAAAACAAUCCAGUGAGGAAGUAAAUAAAGUUCAUGAUCAUCAGUUCACAUCACACAGAGAUUUGUGUCCUGUAGACCUGCAGCUGUUGUCUUUUACGAUGAACAUGGAAGUGGAUUUCGGUGGAUUAUUCCUCCACAACUCCACCUAUGACUAUGAUGACUAUGAAGGGAAAGUUGAGCCAGUUGGCGGUGCAGUGUUCGUCUCGGUUCUGCACUCGUUGGCUUUGGCUGUUGGUCUGUUCGGGAAUGGAGUCCUCCUUUGUGUUCUGGCUCUGAAGAGGCGAUCCUGGAGUCUUUCAGACACCUUCAUCCUCCACCUGAGUGUCGCAGACGUCCUGCUGCUGCUGACACUACCCCUCCUGGCUACGCAAGCCGCUCAUCAGUUUGAAUGGUGCUUUGGGAGUUUUUUCUGCAAGUUCAGUGGAGCGGUCUUUAAUAUCAACUUCUACUGCGGGAUCCUUCUGCUUGUGUGCAUCAGUCUGGAUCGCUACCUGUCCAUCGUCCACGGCAUCCAGCUAUACUCCCAGAAGAGGUGCAGGUUGUUCCACAUCAGCUGCCUGUUGGUCUGGCUCAUCUCUCUGAUCCUUCCAAUUCCUGACUGGACUUUCCUGGAGAUUAGCCAAGACAAUGAACAAGGCAAAACUCUGUGUGUUCACCUCUACUCUCGAUCAGUAACAGACUGGCAGCUGGUGUCCCGCCUUCUCCACCUCACAUUGGGCUUCCUGCUGCCUACAGCUGCCAUCAUCAUCUGCUGCUCAUUUAUUCUGCUGCAGCUUCAGCGAAGCUCAAAAGUCCCGAAGACGCAGAGAGCCUUCACCAGGGUCAUCCUGCCCCUGGUGGGUGUCUUCUUUCUCUGCUGGACGCCGUACAACAUCACACUCACUGUGGACACGAUCAGAGGCAGCACCGGAAACACUGAAGGUUCCCUGCAAACAGCUCUGAUGGUCACAAAAGCUCUGGGCUGCGUUCACGCCUGCCUCAGGCCUGUGCUCUACCUCGGGCUGUGUGGAAACUUCAGGAGGCGAGCGCUGGCCAUGCUUGGAUGUGAUACAGUUCAACAUGACGGCUCACUGUGGGAGCUGUGUGUGGGCGAGGAGGCCCCGUCUGACCAGAGUCCUGACGAGGUUGAGGAGCAGAAACAGAUGAUGGGUGAUGAUCAACAGGUUCAGUCAACUCAGUGUUGAUGAAAGGAUAAAGUCCCCUUGUGUGACUCAGAAAAGACAUGAACAAUGCUCCACAGUCGUGUCAUGUGGUCAAGAGGUGGAGGACUAUACCCGGUACAAUAUUUAUUUUUUUAAAAGAACUCCCUCAGAUUGCGAUGUGACAGUUUCCGAGCCACGUCAUGGUGAUAUUUACUGUAAUUUAGAACCACUAUUGCACAACUGUAUAGCCUGUCAACCACAAUCAUGAGGUUUUUUUUUAUUAAUAUUGUAUUUGUAUUAUUGGUAUGUAUUACAUUACUUUAUAUGUACAGACAAAUCUUUGUGUCAUUAGACUGUUUUUCAGCAAUCAAUCAUGAAGCUUAUCCAUCAGUGUUUUAAAGGCUCUUAUCUUUGUGAAUUUCAUUUAACAGUCCGACAUAUUUUAUGACUUAACUGCUGAGAGCAUAUCAAAACUGUUUCACUUUCCUUUUUACUGAACAGCUUGAGGCAGUAAAGACUGUGUAAAUUCCACAAUUGCGCAGUAAAUGUGUGGAUGUCUGAGCAUGACCUGGGUGUAUUUAGAGAAUUUCCCUUCAGUGAAUCCCACAGCCUUUUUUAGUCUUUCUGACUUCAUUGUUACAACAUGUGCGGGUGGACUGUAGGACACAGCAUGACACAAACAGGUGGUGAUGUCAUCAGUCAGGUGACAGCAAGUGAGACAGAGCGAGGAGGAGGAAAGAAGCUCUGUAUGGCGGCUUUAUGUUUACUGUCAUCUAAAGACCUGUUUGUUCAGUGGAGAGAGAGAGAACAGUGUCACACUUUGUAAGGGAAAUCAACUAGAAAAAGAAGAGUGUUGUUUGCAAAUGGAGAAAAGAAAGAGGAGUUAAAGAAGAUAAAAUCCUGUUUUGGACAUCACAGCACAAAUAAGUGGCUUCAUCUGCGAGCUGCUUUACAUGUUAUGGUCUGCUUAAGGCUCAAAGCUAGACAAUCACAACAACACACAUAAUGUGACCUGAAAGAAAGUAUGUAUUUUCACAAAAGUAUGUUUUUAAAAAGCCAGUCAAGAAAUGUUUUGCACAAGAAAAGACUCUUCCUCUUCUUCUCAGACAACCUUUUUUUUUUUUUUUUGCUGUUUCUGUUUCAACUAGAAUGUUGUUAAUGUGAAUCUACAGCCAAUAAAAAAGAAUGGUUUAAAAUUGAGACUUGCUGGUUGACUGCAACAGCUUCAACAUGUCAAUUUUAUAGCAUUGUCGGUUAUUAUUAGGUUUAAGUACCGCAUCAGAUUGAAGCAUUAUUUCCUGCAGCAGUUAGAGCUUAUGUGUUUAGUCAAAUAGAUUCAAGCUGCUCUUCUUUAAUAAGUAACAACCCUGCUAUCAGUACAAACUCUAACCUUAUUGCACUUUCCACA